AUGACGGAAUCCACAAGUGCAGAACGUUUGGACUACCUGCUGGAUAUGGCUUUGACCAUUCAUGAGGGCAUUGUUGAGCACGUUGAGGGCGACCAUGAACUUGACAAGCAACUCAUUUCCCACCUGAAAGAGUUGGACCACUUCAUCGUGGUGAAGAAGGCUCUGCAAGGCCGCCACGUCAACCAGCCUUGUAGCAGCGACGAUGGACUUGCUGCGGGUGGCAGCACCCCUCCGCCCACCCCUGAAACCCCUUCGACUGCUGGGCACGCCAAAAAGCAUUCAACCAGCCCCAGGAGUCAGCAUUCGCCUCCUUCCCCUUCGCUUUUCUUUUCUUCGCCCGAGCCACGAGGCACCAUAAUUUCAGCACCUGUACGACGAAAAGCCACUCGCCGGAUCCGAGGAGAAACGAAAGCUUCCAAGGCUCUGCGCAAGAUGCGGGAUGCAGUACCCUAUGCAAGCUGGGUUGACAAGCCCAAAUGA